AUGGCUCCUCCACCUCCACAGAAAAACUACCAUACCGCUGCUCCGGAUACGGCUACAGCCAUUGACCGUACUCACGGAGACUUCCCAGUUGCUGGAGAUUCGGAUGAGGAGAACUACUUCAAGACGCACAAAGAGCCUUCUUACUUGCCUGAGAUUGAAGAACAAACUAGGAAGUUUGUGAAGUACCAUGCCGAGACAACAGGUAAGAGAAUUGCUCUUGUUACAUCUGGUGGAACGACUGUGCCGUUGGAAAACAAUACGGUUCGUUUUAUAGACAACUUUAGUGCUGGUACUAGAGGUGCUACUUCUGCCGAGUACUUCUUAGAGAAUGGAUAUGCGGUUAUCUUUUUGCAUAGAGAGUUUUCUUUGCUUCCAUACUCCAGACAUUACAGUCAUACGACGAAUUGUUUCUUGGACUAUAUGAUCGAGAAGGACAACAGGGUUGAGAUCAACCCGGAAUUCGCAGACGAGAUGCUCGUGGUGUUGAGGAAAUACCAGGAUGCCCAGAAGAGCAAUUCCUUGUUCUUGGUUCCUUUCACUACUGUGAAUCAGUAUUUGCAUACCUUGAAAUCCAUGUCUACGAUCUUGCAGACUUUGCAGACCAAGGCAUUGUUUUAUCUCGCAGCUGCAGUGUCUGAUUUCUUUUUACCUUCAUCAAGAAUGCCCCAGCACAAGAUCCAAGCUCAGCCAAGUGGGAAGCUUGUAGUUGACUUGGAGCAAGUGCCAAAGUUCUUGAGAAGAUUGGUGGACUCUUGGGCUCCACAGGCAAUGAUUGUGUCUUUCAAGUUGGAGACAGACAAUUCUAUUUUGCUCAAGAAAGCAAGUGAUGCAUUAUCUCGUUACCAACACCAGCUUGUGAUUGGAAACUUGUUGCAAUCAAGAAAGAGCGAGGUGGUGAUUGUGACUCCCGACGGUCAACAAGACUGGAUCAAGUUGUCUGACGAGGAUAAGAAGAAGAACGUGGAGAUUGAGUCGCUAAUUAUACCUGCGGUGAAAGAGAAGCAUGACGAUUGGGUGAACGAAUGGGAACAUAAAAGCAAGAAAGCAAAGCAUGAGUGA